GGCCGCAGGGGUUUCCUCCUUAAGUAAGCUGCCUAACAGAGCCAGACACUUGGUGGGCUGGAGCAAAGGUUUCCUAGCCCAGGCCCCUGCCCCACACAGUGGCCUGGAAGUGGCCUUUAGGCAGCCCAGAAAGGGAGUGAGGCAAGGUUGUCCCUCAGCCACCUCUUCCCAGCAGCUUCCCCAAGCGAGUGCAGCCUCCCUGCCUUCUUCAGACCAGAUUGUUUUCCUGGGAUGGCACCGCCCCCUCAAGGGUUGGUGGUAGGAGAGGCGGCGUUCAGGCUUCGGUCAUCCACCGGCUGCAAGUAACCAAAUUCUCUCCUGCUUCCAGGAUGGGGAGGCGGCGGUCUUCCAUUCCCUUGAAGACACCCUGGUGGAAGAUCGCCCAUCUCUCAGCUCCAAUGGACCCAUUGCUCCAGUGUCUUCAGGCGCUCUGGGCAAGGAGAGACGUGGAGAAGCUCCAGGAAGAAAUGCGACGGGGCUUUGCCAGCCUGCACGACCCACUAGCGUGGCUCAUGGGUGUGCUGGAGAGCCAUGGUGAUUGGAAGGAGCAAGGCUUGCUGUCCCACAUUGUCCGUGAGCUACAGCGCUGGAUAAGGAACGGUGCAAACAGCCAGCUGUCUGGCUUAAAGCUGAAGAAGCUGCAGGCCCGCCUCUUUCCCCUGCUCCCUCGGUGCAAUGCCAGCCUGCUAGAGCCGCUGACCAGCAUCUAUCGGCUCCACGCCGCCGACCGCCCGCAUUUGCUGGGCUUCGUCAGCUACCUCUGCUGCCAGGGCAAGUUCAAAGAGGCUGCCACUUUAAGUAUAAAACUGAAACUACAACCAGACCUGGAGUUUGAGAAGAUGUGCGUUCCGUUGCUGCUUCAGAACAGAAUGGAACUCGUAACGGCUUACGUGGGAGACAGCCCUGAGCUGCAGCGGAGCCUCUUGCAGCUCCUCGACUCGUGGUCUGUGCCAGGCUUCCAGGUCAAAGACCUUGCAAGACAGUAUCAACCCCUGCCUGGCACGUGGCCAGAAAAGAUUAACUGCAGGACAAUGCAUAAAAUGGCCUUCCGGUUCCUGGACAAGUACAACCUGGACCCAGCACUUUGUCCCAAUAUUCUCAACCAGCGAUACCUGGGCACUUUGAAAUACCUGCUCCACAAGAGAUUUGUUGAGAAAACCAUGACGCAAGAAAACUGGGCUGAUCACGUCCAGGGCAUCGUCCAGGACAAUCGGUGGCUGCAGGAACAGCUGGUGGAGCUCCUGGUCCGUUACGCUGGUCUGGGGGUUGCUGCCCUGUGGGCUCAGCGCUACAGCCUCCCUGGGGACAGCUCACCCAUUGGCCUGGCGGGCAAGAUGGAGGAGCUGACCAUCCUGGAGAGGGAAGAUGCCUCAGAGCAGACCCCGAGUGACUCUUGGGACAGCCAGAAGGAGUGCUGCUAUCAGCUCCCUGUGCCCAGGGAAGACAUCCUUUUCUUAUCAACUUGGGAAGAGGUGAUGGCGUGCAAGGAGCGUGUGCUCCAGCCUGGCCAGGUCGUUGGGAUCGACAUGGAGUGGCGCCCGUCGUUCAGUGCCAUUGGAGGGAAGCCGCAGGUCUCAAUUGUUCAGCUGGCGACUUGGGGCCACGUGUUCCUCUUGGACAUGUUGCAGCUGCUCCAGCAGGGAGGACAGGAGGCGCAGGCCACCUUCUCCAGCUUCUUCCAGGCUCUCCUGGCUGACCCAGCCAUUGUGAAACUAGGCUAUGGGAUGUCAGGAGAUCUGCGUAACCUCAUGGCAACCUGUGGCGCUUUCAGAGAUGCCAACCCGCAGCUCUGUGGACUUCUGGACCUCCAGCUGGUACACCAAAAGUUGCCCAACCGCUCCAAGAAGAGCUGCCAGCCACCGGGCCCUUGGCAGGCAAAGGGCAAGGCCUGGGGGACCAGGCUGCCCGAGAAAGGGCUCAGCCUGCUGGUCCAGGAGGUCCUUGGCAGACCCCUCAAUAAGACAGAGCGGCUUUCCAACUGGGAGAGGAGGCCCCUUCGGGAGACGCAAAUCCUCUAUGCAGCGUCUGAUGCCUACUGCUUGCUCGAGGUACAUGCAAAAUUGUUGAAGGAUCCAGCCGUCUUUGGUCUGAGUUCUGAUAUGAUGACGAUGAUGAGGAAAGCAGAUCCCAAGGCGAAAACAAGGAAGCAACUGAGGGAGCAGGAAGCACCACCCUCUCGCAAGGAGAUUCCAGCAUCCAUCCUGGAAGAUGCCCCCAGCUCUUCGGCCACCGUCUUGGCGCAGGACUUCCGCGUGGUCUGUGACAACAUGCUGCAGGGCCUGGGGCGAUACCUGCGCUGCCUUGGGCUGGACGUGCAGAUCCUGGGGAAUGACGACGAGCAUUGGAGGGCCGCCGAGAUUGCCAGGAAAGAAAAUCGAGUGAUUUUGACCUCCGGCCUUCCAUUUCAGUCGCUGCGGUCCCAGGUGGGCGAAGGUCAGUGUUUCUCAGUGAACUGCUCGGAGAAGGCCAGGGAGCAAGCCCUCCAAGUCUUGAGGCACUUCAACGUCCGGGUGGCCUUGGCCGAUGUUUUCAGCCGCUGCCAGGUUUGCAACUGCAGCCGGUACCUGAAGGUCUCGAAGGAGAGGAUGGCGCAGCUGAUGAAGCAGAGUGGCUGCUGGGUGGGGGACGUAGGGAGCUGUUGGGGAGAUCCUGGCCCCGCCACCACCACGGAGCCCCAAAGCUUCAGCCUCACCCCUCCGCAGCCUACCUACAGCCCAAGCUGGCAGCAGCUGGAAGCAGCAGGCCCAGGGGACGAACCUGCAAUGCUGCCCAACGGUGUCCGUUUGAAAGUUGAGGCCGUGCCGAUGGGGGUACUGUCCAAGGAAGAUCUGGACUGCUUCUGUUGCUGCAGCCAAUGCGGUAAAGUUUUCUGGGAAGGGUCCCACUUCGGCCACGUGGUCUCCCAGUUUAAGGAGGUGCUGGACCUGCCAGAAGAGAGCUGAACCGGGGCUGGGCUGGGGCCGGUAGGCUGCCGCCAAACAGUCCCUUGGACUCUGUACAUGCUCAGGAAUGAGGGAGGACCCCAGGGCCUUUCAGAGCAUCCCUCGCAGUAGGCAGGGAUGUUGCCAGGCCACCCCGCUUUAGGAGGAUUUUCAAAAGGAUUUCCAGGGCUCGGCCACUGAACCAGGGAUCUCCCGUGGGGCGGCGUUUUGGUUCAGCCACAAGCCUGUUUGGGUGGGAGUCAAUGGAGCUGGCCUGAGCAGGAUGGCUCUGUGACCCCUUCCAGCCAUUGUCCUUCAUCUUCCCGGCCAGCCAGAAGCACAGAGAGGCUGUCGCUUGGCUUCCAACUUCCUGUUUUUAUUAGGUUUUCCCUUUGAAACUUGACAUUGGCGUGGUAUGAUCAGGAUCAGAGCCAUUGCGGGUAGGGUGGGGCCAUCACCCCGCUACCUGUCUUCCCUUUUUUUGCCCCCCCAUGUGAUUGUGGGGAGGGGCUGUGGCCUCUGUCAUAAAAUCGAUUGUUAGCAGCGCCUGGGGUACGUGUAUUUCCGAUAUGUAUUGUUUAAAUCCGAAUGCUGUCUUGGGUGUGUCCCCCACUCGGAGUCUUUUGUGAAUGGGGUGGCACAGAAGACCCGUAAAUAAAGAAAUGAAAAGCAGAGCAGUCUGUUGACAGCUGCUCAGAGUAACUUUAACCCUCCAAAGCUAGUG